UCUCCAUGAUUACAAUGAGAAUCAGAAAUUUCUUUGUCCUGUCAUUUUCUAUUGAACAUUUGUGUAGCAAGAAAUUAGGACAACAUAUAGUACUUUUACAUACUAAACAGGGCCUAAUUUCAUGAGAUUUAUAUAUGUUUUGUGGUUGAAUCAUUUUAAAUCUUAUUGUAAAGGUAUCAUUCAUGUUACUCUGAUCAAUCUGAUUCCCUUGUUUAAUUAUAUAGCUUUAGUUUCCUUGAUGAUGCUGAUCGUAAGUGUGGAGCCUCACUGAUUGUCUGUCAUGGUAUGUGAACCCGGUAGUGAUGGAGAAAGCAGAUACUGCUAAAAAACUACACACAUGGAUGCGACUUUGGGAUUUCCCAGACCAAUAUAUUGUUGAGCCUAGUGAUGGUUCUGGUGGUUUCAUUUUGCAAGUUAGUAGGGUGGAUGGGUCUAUGAAACUCAUUGAUGAUGUUCCGCAAUGCAGUUCUGUUCGAGGGCCAGAUAUUCAGACAAUAUAUGGUGUGGCUGGGAUGAUAAAGUUGUUAACAGUCUAUCCACUAUUCCGACAUGCAUUGGCAUCUGUAUCUCACUUGUCAAGUGUUCAUCCUCAAGUUGUCAAUUACAAAAGAAGAAAUGUGGACACAGUAACUAGGUUUUUCUUUUCAAAUUGUCUAUAUUUAAUUCACAUCAAUAUAUUUUGUUUUAUUUCUAAUUUUGAAAAGAAUAUUUUUUUUUACAUAAUUGCAGUGAAGGCCCAAAUAAAAGAUCAAGUAGAUGCAGAUCAUCUAUUUUUCUAUUUCAGCUUUGUUGUUUAAAAUUAUUUUGUUUAUUUUAGAUUUGUUGUUUAAAAUUAUUUUGUUUAUUUUAGAUCUUUUGAAUCUUCUAACAAUGAU